UAUUUGCUGAUGAAUUAAUCACCUGCUGGGCAGAUGAGCUGAAAGCAUUGGUGAGUAGUGGAAAACUCUCUGUGUUGCUUUCAUAGGCACAGGAGAUGCUAGUGCAGAGCCUCCCCUACAAAGCACAUAACAAUAACAACUGUGAGCUUAGCGGCCAGCUUGUAUUAUUUAUUUUUUUCUGGCAAGCAGGACUUGAGCUGGAAAGAAAAAGAAAGGGAGAGGUGUGGCUAGAAGGGGCUUGGAAAUGAUGACAACUCCACUAUCUGGGAGUGGAGCUUUUUCCUUUUUGGAGAAAUGGCAAGGAGGCUACUUAGAGAAACAGGUGCUGUCUGUUCCGAAAGCAUCUGGCACCUGCCAGAAGUGCCCAUCUCAAGAGAGCCCAUCGCUUUGGAAGCUCAUUUUGGUUUUCCUUCAAGUUCAAAACUCUGUAGCGAGUAGACGAUGUGGAAAGUUCCUACCUGCAUACUGAAAUUAAUCAAGUUGACUUCAAACUACAAACUCUGGGCUGUGUGCAUCAUCGCCUUUAAGUUCACGUCCUUCAUCUGUAUCAUGUUCUACUGGAGAAUCACCCAGGACACCCAAGACAAGAGACAGCACUACAGUUUGCCUACAGAGGUUAAGUGUCCUUCUCUUCCCACUCCUUCAUCCAAAUGGCCUCCUUCAUCACACAAAGACAUAUACUUUGUAGAAACAUCGGAACGAACUAAUCCAAACUUCCUGUUUAUGUGUUCUGUUGAAUCAGCAGCCAGGGUUCACCCUGAGUCCAGAAUCAUUGUUCUUAUGAAGGGUUUAGCAAGCUACAAUAAGACUUUGCCCAAACAUGUAGCCUUUUCCUUGCUUAGCUGUUUUCCCAACAUUGAAUUCAAACAUUUGGACUUGAUUAACCUUUUCUCUAACACCCCCCUCGCUGGCUGGUACUCAGUGGCUCAGCAAAGGUGGGAGCCUUAUUUCUUGCCCAUCCUUUCUGAUGCAUGCCGAAUCACCAUCAUGUGGAAACUUGGUGGCAUCUAUUUAGACACAGACUUCAUAGUCCUCAAGAACUUAAAUAACCUCACCAAUGUGCUUGGUACGCAGUCCAAAUAUAUACUUAAUGGUGCCUUUCUCUCGUUUGAGCCCAAACACAAGUUUAUUGAGCUUUGCAUGCAGGACUUUGUGGUGGACUACAACCGCUGGAUCUGGGGGCACCAGGGCCCACAGCUCUUGACACGCAUUUUUAAGAGGUGGUGCUCCAUCCAUAGCCUCCGAAGCAGCAAAAGCUGUAAGGGUGUUACUGCUGUCCCACGAGAUGCCUUUUAUCCCAUUCGCUGGCAGGAUUGGAGGAAGUAUUUUGAAGAAAUUAAUGCUUCCGAACUUCCCAUACUGUUUAGAAACACCUAUGCAGUGCAUGUCUGGAAUAAGAAAAGUCAAGGGACACAACUUGCGAUCACCUCUAAAACCUUGCUAGCUCAGCUGCAAUCCCAUUAUUGUCCUUCCACAUACAGGCUCAUGAAGAUCUCAUUCUGAAGGGGCAGGGCCUAGCAGCAGCCUGCUGUUGAUACAAAUGCAAAUCAGCCAAGCUGUUCAGCCCUGGCAGGUAAUCACCAUUGUCUAUCACCAUUUGACAAUGGUAGCCCCACGGAGCAGUAGAGUUGCUGGCUCAACAUUUCAAAGAGCAGCUGAAUGGCUAUGAGUUCCAGCAGGCUUGGGAGUUCAGAAAAGAAUACAGUGGUACCUCAGGUUAAGUAUUUAAUUGGUUCCAAAGUCCGUUCUUAACCUGAAGCGUUCUUAACCUGAAGCGGAAUUUCCCAUUGAAAGUAAUGGAAAGUGGAUUGAUCUGUUCCAGAUGAUGAAAAACACCCCCUAAAACAGCAAUUUAACACAAAUUUUACUGUCCAACGAGACAUUGAUCCAUAAAAUGAAGGCAAUAAUCAAUGUACUGUACUAUAGAAUAAAUAAGACAUUAUUUUACAUGAAAAAAAUUAACAUUUUUUUUUCUUACGUGCACUGAUGAUAGUCAGUUU